UAUUUUUAGCUCAAACUUUGAGGUUUCUCUUUGAUUUUAAAAACUUUCGAGAAAUAAGUCGCACCCUAAACCCUGGUCCCCGCUUAUUCCGAAGAUAUGCGGUCAGUUUCGUCAGCUGAUGUGUGACGAUGAUGAAGCUUAUUGAUGGAAAGUUCAAAACAAAUCGUAAAUUAUAGAUUUACACCCCGAGCAAUCUCCGGUAGGCGUCCAAAUGAUAGUAGUGAUCCAUUUCGGCCCAAACGUCGACAACUGCGGUCACAAAGUGUGUGAGAACGAUCGUCGGUGAUUGGAUAGGGGAUCGACGACAGUGUGCAGUAGUGCUUGAAAGUGACAGUGAGUCAUCCGGAAUUUCGAUCCGAGUCAAUGGCCGGAUUUGUCUGAGGGCAGUGAUUAGGGAUUGAAGAAGCGACACCAUGGAAGCGGACGUCCUGAACGCGUUGAAUACGCAGACCGCUUACAUACCGGGUGGACGGGAUCGCGAUGGUCAUCCCUUGAUAGUGAUUCCUGUGCCGUUCUACGAUAACCUGCCGUGGAUGAAGGGGUUUCUUGAGAAGACCGUCAACUACAUUCUUUCGUCGCUGAGCUCGGAAACUAUCGCCAAUGGCUUUGCGGUCAUCCUGGACGCCCAAAAGUGUUCCUGGCGUUCAACCCGACAGUACAUUCGCCACGUCCAGUCCCUUCUCGGGCCAAACUUGGACAGCUUCCUCGUCAUCCGUCCGGAUGCCUUCUGGGAGAAGAACCGCGUCGAGAAUUGUGCCCGGCAGCAUCGUCAAGGCGAG